CAAAAACGUAACCGAAUCAGCCCGCAGAGUCAGAGACAGACAGAUAACAGUACUACUGGAGCGCUGCAGUGUAUCUAGACAUUUUACAUCUGGACAUCCUGAGGAAGAAUGGAUAUUUUGCCUACAAGUGACUCUGCUAAUUUCAGCACUGCGAUUACAUUUGAAGACCAAAACAACAAUUGUCCUCUAGCAAAAUUCAAAGAUUGGCAGUCGAAUGUGCUCCCGGCGUGUAUGCUGCUGAUCAGUGUGCUGGGAAUCGGGAUGAAUGUGUUUGUCCUGAUGGUUUUCUGCCUUCAUAAGAAGGCCUGCACCGUGGCUGAGAUCUACAUGAGCAACCUGGCUGCUGCUGACCUUUUCUUAAUGGCGUGCUUGCCUUUGUGGGCUGCAUAUGCAAUCAACAGAUACGACUGGCCCUUUUCUCAUCACCUGUGCUCACUGUUCCCCCUUUCUAUCAACAUGAACGCUUACUGCAGCAUCUACUUCCUCGUUCUGAUUAGCAUAGAUCGCUAUAUUGCACUGGUGAACCCGCUGUCCCAUAAAGGAAUAAGGAGGAGAAAAUUUGCCAAACUGGCCUGUCUGCUUGUGUGGGGUUUCGGCUUGCUCCUGAGCGUCCCCACAGUUGUGUACAGGAAAGUGUUAUACUAUUCUCAAUUUAAUAAAAGUUUAUGCAUUCUUAAUUACAGAGAUAUCAAGGAACACCUCCUGUUUAAUGGGAUGCAGAACACAUUCGGUUUUAUCAUACCCAUUUGCAUCAUUUCCUACUGCACUCUCAUUAUUAUUCACUCUCUGACUAACCGGUUAAGUGAGAGGUCAAACAGCCAGAAAACGGAGCAGAAGCCCACCACUCUGGUGCUGGUGGUUCUCUUGGCGUUUGUGAUUUGCUGGGUGCCACACCACGUGGUAAUGAUACUGGAAACCCUCAGCCAAGCUAAUGUCCUGAGAGGAUGUAGCAUCAUCGCCAACCUAGAGAUCUGCCGCCCAGUCUUCAUGUACUUAGCUUUCUUCAACAGUGUUCUUAACCCCAUCCUCUACAUCAUCGUAGAUAAGAACUUCAGGAAAAAAGUCAGGGGUCUCUUCAAGCAAUGGAGCAUUAACAGAACAAUGACCGUCAGCACCACCUCCACAGGCUCAAACAUGUUAAGUGUUGAAACUGAAGAAAACUCAGUCUGAUCGGCAGGAUUGUUUUAAUGAGGUUUUUUUAUUCAUUUAUUUUAUUUCACAUAAUGAACAAUGAAAUUAUUAACCAUUUUCACAAAAGUAAGAUAAGAGAACUAUUUGAAGUAAUACUUAUGUAAUCUGAAUUCACAUUAAAUAAGACCCUGCUCAAUAUUGUGAGGUUUGAACUCCCUCUUUGAUUGGGACAUACUGUAACCCUAAAAGAAUAAAAGAGGAGGGAAGUCUUCUGCGGAACAUAAUUCGGCCUUUCUUAAUAGUGUCCUGAACCCAUGGACAGGCAGCACUCCAGGAGGAAAGUUAGGGAGAAGGAGGGCGAGACAUCAUCACAGAUGAUCACACACGGCCAGACAUCAACACUCCUCACUGGUCAUAUCAACAGACCAGAGGAAAGCGUGACCAUUUUGAAUGCAUGGGAGAAGAUGUAACUCUUUCGUUAGAAGAUAUGGGACUCAAUUUACCGUAUAUGCCAUUCUAACACUUAUGCCCUAACUGUUGUUUCGUUAGAAAUGCUUUCAGACUUAAUAGAAUAAUAACACUGCUACAUAAUUAAACAGCAUUACCAGAUUGUGUUGUAUAUUGCAGAAGUAAUGGGCAUCAAACUAAGAUAAUGGAAGUAAUGUACAAAAGAGAUGGACACAGACGUUGUGUCUCUGUGUAACAGCAAGGUCUUUAUAUGUCACUUUAAUGUCUGUCUGUGUCUCUGUACUGUUACAUGGUGUUGCUGUUACUGUCUUGUCAUAUUUUACUGUUGAACACCCAAAAACAAAUAUGUUAUAAUGUAUUCUCCCUUCUGUUUCUGACAUUGUAACUCAUCUAUCCUUUCUUUGACUCCAACAUAAGAGAAUGGCAACCUACACACUGCGCAUACAUUUGCAUGUUUGUACAAUUUGUUGCUUUGUACAGUUUAUUUACACUUCAAAGUCACAGUAGCCUGACGAGUAGUGACUCACACAGUCAUGUUGGUAUUUCUUUACAGUGUAAACAACCAUCACUGUUGCUGAAACAUCUGUGUAAAUGAACUAUUUGCAACAUUCAUUUAAUGCGAUACCUGGAGUGGCAUAAAUGCAAAAACGUAAUCUUACAAAUAAACUUACA